AGAAAAGGGUAAAUUAUUAAUUGAUUAUCAAAUGUGAUUAUUGUAUUUUUUUUUCUCCUCUGGGACAGUAAACUGAAUACAUUGACAUUUGAGGGGUUAAUUUAGGCUUUGGGGAGCACUGAUUGACACUUUUCUGUAUUUUCUGACAUUUCAAAAACCAAAUUACUAAUUGCAUGAUUGAUAAAUAACCAACAGAUGAAUCAACAAUGACAACAAGCUGACCAUUAGUUGCAGCCUGGAAUCAAUAAUCCAUUUUGAAGGUUGAUUGAUACGACACCAUUAUUCCUUCACACCAUACAGACACAUAAAAGGUAAAAAAAUAGGGCAAAUGCAUGCACAAAGACGGAAUAAGCAGUGAGCACCGCGAGGCUAGUCUUUAAAUCAAUUGUGUACAGAGCAGCAUUCAGUUUCUGUAUACAGGAUAGAAGGUGCUUCCAUUCAGCUUUUGUCUUUGGAAGCAUUUAUGAGGCAUCUGUCCUGCUUUCACAAGAAAACAAUCUCAAAGGCGCCAUUCAGGCAAAAAUAAUCCAGGAGCCUUUGUUAUGUGGCUCUGAUGUUCUCCACCGGGUUUGAGCCAGGCCUUUGCAGUUUGAUAGUUUUGCUCACUGACGAAGGCCACAUUAUUAAAAACGCACACCACAACGUGAUUUAUAACGCGGCACUGAAAUGAAUGUUGUAUUUAUUGUUCCCUUGAGGGAUAAUUUGAAGGUGAUUCUGUAUCUUUAUUCUUAACACACGGUUCUCAUAUAAUCCAUAUUAGUUUGAUACUAUGGUGAUGUCUAAUGGCGUGAACAUUGAUAUGAUAAUACUUGAAACAGCCUAAAAAAAGGACUUAACACACUUUGGAUAUGUUUAACAAAGGUUCAGCUAUAAACUAGGCUGUGUGUGUAACUCAGUUUCAGUUGUGUGCUGCUGCUGGUGGCGCGUGUCAGCCAUGCAUCGACGCUCUGGCGCCACCACGCGGUCAUCAUGAGCACAGCAGCGCGCUCACACUGCGCCUGCUCCUGUGAUACAUCCGGCCGGUCCCUAUCAAUCGAUCAGAGAGAGGAAGAUGGUGGCGGAUGGAGUGAGCGGGGCAAGAUCGAUCACCGAAAAACUCGAUUGGGUUUGUUUUCCCUAACUGAGUCAAACACUCCGUAACACCGCCUGCUGCAGCAACCACAGCCCGGAGAGAGGAGGCGGUAACGAAGAGAACCUGUGCCUGUGUUUCUGCCAGCGUCUUCCACCGUCCCUGAACCUUCAGGACGAUGGAGUUCCCGUGGCACAGUGGGAAGGUGCUGGAGCAGCUAAACCGGCAGCGCAAGCAGGGCCUGCUGUGCGACUGCACCUUUGUUGUGGACGGGGUGGACUUCAAGGCCCACAAAGCUGUGCUGGCGGCCUGCAGCGUCUACUUCCGCACCCUCUUCCUUGACCAGAAAGAUGUGGUGCAUCUGGACAUCAGCAACGCAGCAGGUUUGGGUCAGGUCCUCGAGUUCAUGUACACAGCCAAGCUGAGUUUAAGUCCACAGAAUGUAGAAGACGUGCUGGCUGUUGCCAACUUUCUACAGAUGCAAGAAAUUGUAAACGCCUGCUCUGCGUACCAGUCGAUGGCAAAUCCAGCUCCGUCCCUCAUAACGCUGGAUUUGGCUGUCGAAGAGAAAACAGAUGUCGGAGAACAGCAGGAGGAACUCAAGGGCGACUUGGCAGAAGUGGCAUCCCAAGCAGACGUUAGUCAUGCCAGCCCCCCCACAGAGGAUAAAGAGCCCACACAAAAUCAGGAAACCCUAAAGGAUGUAAUCCCUCCUGAAACACAACAGCCCGUUUGUCAACCCAGCCCGGCCAGAACCCACUCAGGCCGAGGGCGACCGCCUAAAACCACCGUUGUCACUGCGCAGAAGAAGACUUCUGUAAAGAAGGAGGAAGAGAAAGCUGCACAAAAUGCUCCUGGAUCUCAGGGUGACCCGUCUGACACUGACUACACGCCCAAAUCACAGUUGAAAUCUGCUGGCAGCUCAUCGUACAUGAGCUCUCGGGGGAGAAGGAUCAGAAAACCUCCUCGACGAAACUUCCCGCCUGACAAUGACUCAGAGGAUGAAGGCACCUCAAAGAAGAAAGCUGAGGAGAAGGCAGUGGAGCCAGAAGAAGUGGCCGGAGAGCAGGGGGAACAGGAGGAGGGCGACGGAGAGGCUGAUAAUGAUGAAGAGGAAGCUGGAGAGGAUGACAGCGAGGUUAGCCAGCCGGAGGGAGGAGCCGAUUCGAGCAGCGAGGGAGAGGGCAGACAAACGGCGUCGACGUCUAUGAGCAGCCGGUCCGAGUCGAAGCCUUACAGCUCAGUGACGCACAAAUGUGAGGACUGUGGGAAGAAAUUCACCCACACGGGUAACUUCAAGAGACACAUGCGCAUUCACACUGGAGAAAAGCCGUUCAGCUGUCGGGACUGCAACAAAGCCUUCUCUGACCCUGCAGCCUGUAAAGCCCACGAGAAAACACACAGCCCUCUGAAGCCAUACUGCUGCUCGACCUGCGGAAAGAGCUACCGACAGAUCAGCCUGCUCAACCUGCACCGCAAACGGCACACGGGCGAGGCGCGCUACAGCUGCGAGGUGUGCGGCAAGCUCUUCACCACAUCUGGCAACCUAAAGCGCCACCAGCUGGUGCACAGCGGAGAGAAGCCAUACCACUGCGACUUCUGUGACAAGGCCUUCUCCGACCCCACGGCCAAGAUGCGACACCUGGAGACACACGACACGGAGAAGGGCCACAAGUGUCCGCACUGCGAGAAGCGCUUCAACCAGUUUGGAAAUCUGAAGGCUCACUUAAAAAUCCACAUCACAGACGGACCUCUCAAGUGCAAAGAAUGUGGCAAACAGUUUACCACCUCGGGAAAUCUGAAGAGACACCUGCGGGUUCACAGCGGGGAGAAGCCCUACAUCUGUAUGCACUGUCAGAGAGCCUUCAGUGACCCUGGAGCUCUGCAGCGGCAUGAACGCAUCCACACAGGAGAGAAGCCCUGCGUCUGCCUGAUUUGCGGCAAGGCCUUCACCCAGGCCAGCUCACUCAUCGCUCACGUACGCCAGCACACCGGAGAGAAGCCCUACGUGUGCGAUCGCUGUGGCAAAAGGUUUGUGCAGUCCAGUCAACUGGCCAAUCACAUUCGGCAUCACGACAAUGUCCGACCACACAAGUGCCAGAUGUGCAACAAGGCGUUUGUUAAUGUGGGAGACCUGUCGAAGCACAUUAUCAUUCACACAGGGGAGAAACCAUUCCUCUGUGAUAAAUGUGGCAGAGGGUUCAACCGGGUCGACAAUCUGCGCUCCCACGUCAAGACCGUCCACCACGGCAAGGCCGGCAUGAAGCGGCUGGUGGUAGCCGGGGGCAGUGCUGACGAAGGGGCCGACGGGUGCUUGGGGGCGUCCACAUCGGACGAGAUCAACAUAGUCACCGUCACCACGGAGGACAUCGUCACCCUGGCGACAGAGGCCUUGGCAGCCAGUGCUGUGGCUCAGCUGACAGUAGUUCCAGUGGCUGCAUCAGUGUCUGCAGAUGAGACGGAGGCUUUGAAAGCUGAAAUUAACAAGGCAGUAGAGAAAGUGCAAGAAGCAGACCCCAACACCCAGAUCUUGUACGCUUGUGACUCGUGUGGUGAUAAAUUCUUGGACGCCAGCUCCCUAGCCCAGCACGUACGCAUCCACACAGCUCAGGCCUUGGUUAUGUUCCAGGCAGAUUCCGACUUCUACCAAUACACCACGGCCACCACUGCUGAGGGGGAUUCUGCUACAACAUGGCAGCCCUCUGCUGAACAGGUCAUCCAGGAAGGAGGGCUGAUCUUCCGUGCCCAGGGUGGAGAGGCAGAGGCAGAGGCAGAGGCAGAGACAGAGGGAGGGGUGGUAGAGGAGAGACAAGAACAAGAGGAAGGGUCAGGAGAGGUGAUUCAUGAGGAGGGGAGGGAGGGUGGAGAGGUGGAAACUCACACUGAGCUUCACACAGAGGAAAGCGAUGAAGCUGCAGCAGAGACAGAGGAGGAGAAGGGAGAGCAGAUGGAAUGUGAGAGUCAGGCGUAGUGGGACAGAUGAAUGUAGAAAAUAUGAAAUGUAACAGAAAUCUAUUUUGUACAGCAGAAGGAAAUACAGGAAAUGAAGUGAGUUGCUGAAGCGUCAUAGUUUCAAACUGCCAGGACACUGGAUUCAUAACAUGUGACACUUUUUAAACACCUUAGUAUGUAAGGUCAUAAAAUGUGUUUUCAUCAGUCCUUAUUUCAGGAAAUUAGGUGAGAUCCAGUAAAUGUUGUAGAUAAUUCUUUCACAGAUGGUUAUACUACCAGUAUAGUUUGUUUAUUUUUAGUCUGAAAUGCAGGACUGUGCAUUGUCUAAAUGUUUAAAACAUUGAGAUCACAGUUCUGUCUUCUCUAAUAUAUCUUAAAGAAAGUCCUUUGUGGUAUGUACAUUUUCCUUAAAAAGCCAACAAUAUUGUUAUAUAUUGUACUUAGUUAAAGUAUUUUCAUGAAAAGCACAUUAUACAGAGAUUAUCUACACAAACAUACUGUAAGGGAGUACUAAGAUUUAACUUGGGUUUAGUUAUCACUUCCUCUUUUUCCCAGAAGUGGGAUGUCAUGUAUUUGUUUACUGGCAAACACUGUAAAUGCUGUGGAUGUAUGAUAUUUGUAUAUUUAUGUGGCCUCUAAAAAAGUCUUAAGUCUGAGAGAAGAUUUGAAAUUAAAGAAGUGUGUGGUGAUUACAGCUUGUCAAUAAUUCCCUGUUUCACAUUGAUCCCAAGACAGCUUUUUCCUGGUAUUGCUUUAAACUGGCUACUUUGUUUUUCUUUUUCUUAGACAGAUAUUUUAUCUGUUUAUAACAACGCCUUUUAAGAUGUCCUAUUAAAUAUCCGUUACAUUUUAGACCCACCGGUUGUCAUCAUCUGAUCAAUAAAGAAUCAUCACGCAGUCGGA